AUGGCCUCGAUCAUGCAUGGGAUUUGCCUCGGCAGGCAUCACCGCCGUCUUCUUGCUGCGAGGCGCGGCCGGCUUCGCGGGACAUGCCAGCACUGGACGCUCCGCAACGGGCCGCACCACCUCCGCUGCUGCGCCGUUCAGCAACCAGCAGCACGGCUGGCAAGGUUCCCGGCUAGCAAGGAGGUCUGGGUUCCGCAGCAAUACCAAGAGGCGCAGGCCGGAGUUGUGGCCGCCAUCGCGUUGGACGACGUCGUGAGCGGUGGGGAGCCGGUUACCUCGGCGGUGGCAGCAGCAGCAGCAGCAGCAGGGGCGGGAGUUAGCGCCGAUGUGGGGUCUGAAGCUGCUGGCAGCAUCAACCAACAGCUGCUGCUGCGGGACCGGGAUGUUAUUCUUGCAGACAAGGGAAGCGCCAGCACGGCGGACGCGACGGGGGAAGGCAGCGACAGCAGCAGCAGAAAUCCAGGGUCCCUGUUCGUCAUCAUGGGACUCUGCUUUCUGGUGGCGGUCGUGUGCGCCCUGGACAGGGUCGCCAUGUCGGUGGCGAUCGUGCCCAUGGGAAACGUCUACGACUACUCGGAAACGACCAAGGGACUGAUCAGCAGCGUGUUUUCGUGGGGGUACAUGGCGUCUAUGGUGCCCUCGAGCGUGCUGAUAGGAGUUUGGGGACCCAAGGCAACUAUAACCGCCGGUGUGCUCGUUUGGUCGGCCGCUCAAAUGCUGUCCCCCACGGCGGCCGGGGUAUCCCUGGAAACCUUGCUCGCGUGCCGUUUCCUCAUGGGGGUAGGGGAAGCCGUCACCAUGCCUUCGAUCCAGGCGAUCGUGGCCGAGAGGGUUCCGCAAGAUCAGAGAAGUCGCUGGCUGGCCCUCAUCAUAAGCGGGCUACAGAUCGGCACGGUGUUAGCGUAUUGGGGUUCGCCUGUGAUCGUGGAUACGUGGGACUGGCAGACGAUGUUCCUGGCCUACGGAGCGCUCGGCCUUGCCUGGAUAGCGCUUUGGCUUCCCCUGGUCUCGGACAAGCCCCGCAGCCCCGCCUCCGCGGCGGAUGCCGCCGAGACCCCAGACGCCUCCGCAACAACAGCGAGCGCCGGAAGAAUACGGCCGGGCAGGGACGCCGGCGGGGGUGUUGUUUCCUCGGCGACGCCGUCGCCGCAGGCCGCGCUAGCGGGUGCUGGUGAGAAGGCCGCGGUUGGCGUCGGGAGCGCGAAUGGCGGCAGCGGUGGAGCGCUACCGGUCGAGACUGUGGCGCUAGAGGGGGAGGAGGGGGGUGGCGCAGCUGCUGGCGAGGGGGGGGGAGGGGUGUUAGAGGGGUUCCGCGCUGUGCCGUGGAAGGAGUACGUGACGAACGGGCAGAUCUGGUCUAUUGCGGCGGCGCACAUGGCUCACAACUGGGGGCUGUACGUGCUGCUCGCUUGGUUGCCGACCUAUUUCGUCCAGGAGUUCAACCUCACCCUCGAGCAAAGCUCAGGAGCGAGCGUCCUUCCGUGGGUAGUGGGUGCCGUGGCUGGCAACAUGGCGGGAAGCGGGGCAGACUUGCUGGUGAAGAAGGGCAUGCUCGAAGUGAAGUGGGUUCGAAAGCUCUUCCAGACCGUCGCGCUCGUCGGCCCGGCGGCGUGCAUGCUUCUGCUUGCACAGGGGCCGGAAACCUCUGCGGAGGCGUCUAAGCUGUUCACCGCCGCGGUCGCGCUGGGCUCGUGCUCGUGCGCGGGUUUCGGGUCUUCGGUGCAAGACUUGCGAUCGCGGGACACCGGCGUGAUCUACGGCAUGACCUCGGCGGCAUCGGCCGUUUGCGGCAGCGUGGGCACCUACGGGGCAGGGAUCAUCCUCGACACGACGGACUCGUGGACUAUGGUCUUUCAGUCCUGCGCGGCGGUGUACCUGGUCGGGGCUGGGGUGUACGCCGCCUUCUACAGGGCGGAGCCCCUGGAGGUGGAGGGCAGGGGCGCGCUCGUGUUGUAG